AUGUCUCUACUGCCAGAUAAUUUAGUUAAAGAGUCUACACCUAUGCAAUGUCCCGUAUGUGAUCGACAAUUUUCAAAAACGGUUAUAGAAUCUCAUGUGAACAAAUGCAUCUUCUUGAAUAGUAAAAAUGAAAAUAAUUUAAAAAGACCUAACCGACCUGAGGAAAACGUUACUUCACAUAAGCUGAAAAGAGUAAAAGUAGAUCCAACAUCGUCAACGACAACUACAAAGAUUAUGCCUAUUGAGAAAUCAGAAUUAAAUUCUGAUAUGAUAUCGCAAAAUUCAAACCAAAGCAUUCCACUGGCAGAGCUUAUGAGGCCAUAUCUAAUAGAAGAUAUAAUUGGCCAUAAAGAAACUUUUGGUGUUGGUUCUAUUCUGCAUUCAAUGUUUACAACCAAUAAAAUACCAAAUAUGAUAUUGUGGGGUCCCCCAGGAUGUGGAAAGACUUCUCUUGGCAAUGUAAUAGCAAAUGUUUGUAAGAAAGAAAGCCAUUUACGGUUUGUAAAAUUAUCUGCGACUACAGUUGGAAUCAAUGACGUUAAAGAGGUUGUAAAAGUUGCAAAAAAUGAAGCUCAGUUUAAAAGGCACACGGUUCUCUUUAUGGAUGAGAUUCAUAGAUUUAAUAAACUACAACAAGAUACAUUUUUAACACAUGUAGAAAAUGGCACAAUAACUUUAGUUGGAGCAACAACAGAAAACCCAUCUUUUAGUUUGAAUAAUGCUCUUUUAAGUAGAUGCAGAGUUGUUGUCUUGGAAAAACUCACUGUUGAAGAUGUUGAAUGUAUUUUAGAGAGGGCUAUUCAUAAAAGCAAUAUUGCUAUUAUAAUAGAUAAAAUUGAUGAUUCAGAAGAAUUAAAGAAAAAUAAAUAUUUUAUAGAAAAAGCAUCUAUAAAAUGGCUGGCGGAGAUAAGUGAUGGAGAUGCCCGAAUCGCACUUGGAGCUCUGGAACUUGUUUUUAAUUCUAAAUGUGAUCCAUGUCAGUCGUCUGUGAUUACUCUGGAAGAAUUGAAAAGUGGAAUAAAGAGAACACAUAUUAUGUACGAUCGAAAAGGAGAGGAACAUUACAAUAUAAUUUCUGCUAUCCAAAAAUCUAUUCGGGCAAGUGAUGAUAACGCAGCGUUAUACUGGACCACACGAGCUUUACACAGCGGAGAAGAUCCUCUGUUUAUAGCCAGACGACUUAUAAGAACGGCAUGCGAAGACAUUGGGUUGGCCGAUCCCAAUGCAGUUGUUGAAGCUGUAGCAUGUUUACAUGGAUGUCAACACAUAGGAAUGCCAGAGUCUGAUGUAUUGUUGGCUCAAUGUGCUGUCCGAUUAGCUCGUGCGCCAAAAAGUCCAGAAGUCUAUCAUGCUAUGAAGAGAGUUCAACAGUCUCUAUCUGCUGCUAAAGGACCACUACCAACAGUUCCUUUGCCUUUGCGCAACGCGCCAACUAAACUUAUGAAAGAACUAGGCUACGCUAAAGGAUACAACACGCGCCACCGAAACUGUUCGGGAAUAAAUUAUAUGCCAGAAGGUUUAGAAAACGUAAAUUUUUUCAUCGAUUCAAUAAACAGUGAUACCUAA